CGGCGAUGGUGAUAGCGACACUCUGUGCAGCACCAAUUUCGAACUAGCGCGGGUUUGAAGUAGAACCAUCCAAACCAAACGCAUUCGGAUUCCCUCCUCCUCCUCCUUCUUCUUCUUCUUCCUUCCCUCCCUCACUUAGCACAAAGCUUCGAACUGCUCCGCUGCGGGUUUCGCUUCUUUGUUUUCGUGGGGAAUUUCUUCGAAUUGGCGACUUGUAGUGUGGUCUAGUGGUCGCUGAUGACUUGCACUGAUUUGAAUGGUGUCGCGGAUUGACGGGCGUCCCUGUUACAGCCGGCAGCGACCUCGGGUGAAGGGAGUUUUUGCCGUGUCGUGGAGAUGACGUUUUCGGUUGUAUUGACCUUGGAUCAAUUCACUGGAUUGUGUUGAGUUUACAGUUUUAGUUCGGGCUUGGUGGUCGUCACAGUGUAGAGAUGGUGUUGUGUUUAGAGAUGGUGAUUUCCACAGAAGAGUUUGACUCGUUCAAUUGCAUAAUGGAAUAUGUCAGAAUUGGGCAGAGUUGAAGAGUUGCUAGCGAGGUUCGUCGACCUUGAAGGACGCUUUGGCCGAUUCGGGUAACUCUGAGCUUCGGUCUUUGGAGUUACGGUUUUAGUGCGUGUCUUGAUCGCCUCAGGUUAUUCAAUUCCGCUUCUGCAUGCUUAGGAGAAAUAGUGCACGAUUUCAAUGUGAGACAAAGUACGCUUCAGAACCGCAUAUUGUAUUUGUCAGCCUCCGCAGCAUAAGAAUUGGUAACCAUGUGAACUGCCGAGGUGGGCCAUAACCUCUGAAGUAGGAGAUUCAGAAUCGUAAGUAUGGAGAAAGUCGUCGUACUAAAAUCGCAAGACCUGGGUCUGACUUUGCUGCAACCUAGAAAGCAUGCCGGAAAGGCUCCAUGUAAAUCACAGAGAGAUCAUCGCAUAUGGAGGACUUCUACCCUCAAAGGCCUCGGUGAAAUUGAGGUGAUCGACAAAGAAGAAGUCUCAAUUAAAAUGAUGCAAUCGCUCGAGAGAUUCAUGCGAGCGUACCCUGACGUGUGGAGCGAAUCAUCUUUGCAGCACCUCCUUGUGGAAAUCGCUGAUAUCCGGUACUCUAGUUCCCAGAACUGUGAAGCGGACGAGCGCUUGCAAACUAUCAUCAACCAGAUCUUGGUUCCCACGGCAAAGAUUUUGGAGGAUGAAAGAGGGUUUAUGAUGGUCGAGAGGGAGAAGAUUCAAGAAGUAAAUCUGGCUUUGCAGAGAGCCCAAGAAGCAUACCACCAUGUGUGUGCCGACCUGAAGGAAGAGAAAGACAGAUCAGCAAGAUAUGUAGAAGAACUUGGGAAGGCGCUUGAAGAAAAUAGGGCUGCAGCGGAGGAGGCAGAGAGAAAGCUGGCCGCAAAAGAGCAACAAACUAAUGAUAUUAUAGAGAGGCAGAAAGACAUUAUUCUACGUCUUGUGAGCGGAGAACCUUCAGGAUUUGUACAGUGCGAGAGGGAGGCGAUUCAAACAUACGGCCUAGUCCACCUUGAAGACGCACUUAAGCACAUUCUGCAGCAAAGCUCGAGUGUCUCACACCAGGUGGAAAAUAAAAUACUCUUUUCGGUGGACCAGAUUUCAGAAUGUUCAAGUUCAUCUGAGAAUGAAAGAGGAAACGCAGAUUUUCAAAUCAAGCGGCUAGUGCAUGAAGACGGUGACAAACCAGCACUUCCUAUUUCUUUGACAAACUUGUCGGUGAAGCUGCUGGGCCUGGUGGUCUCUGAGGUAUUCCAACAGAUGAUGGAGAGCUACGGCAGGGUGAGGAGUCCUUUAUCCGUACCCUGGGCUAUUGCUGGCUUUUGGAUAGGUCUCACGUAUCGAAUGAUAUACUUGGUCGUAACAACGCUGUUUUCAGAGGUGGUGAAGGUGAAACCCCCCUCGGAACAGGAUCAACGACAACCGAGAUGACGAGGUGGAAUUCCACAACCCGAGUUAAAAGUGGCUUCAUGUGUUCACAUGAUUGUACAUCCAAGUGAAGUGUCUGAAGUUGUGAGAACACUGAAGAAAUCACGUCACCGUCUCUCAUCUUCCCGACGAAACUCUAAUCGGACAGCAUCUACAACUGUAGCCCAUGACCAACCAGUCAAUUAUGAAUAUUGAUUAUCCCGAGAGACCCAUUUACUUCACGCAUCAUCUUCAUUUGGGAAUACGUCAUGCAGUUUUUCUCUCAGCUUCUUGCGAUAGCUCUCGGCCACGGUAUACACAUUAACAGGGCUGAGCAGGUUUAGUUAGAGUAUUAUAGGAUUCUAAAGUUACCGAAGGGUUUUAAGAUUAUUAUUGUGCGUAUCUGUCAGGAGCUAUGAUCACACAACUUUUAAAGGUCAAUUUCAUGUACAGACAAGCAAAAUCAAAGCAAUUUUUCCAA